ACCAGGCCUUCGCCGUUUCGCGUAGCAUCACCACCCCACACCCGUCUCUUUUUCUCUCUUUCUCUCUCUUUCUCUUUCUCUUUCUCUCUCUCGAUUUUCGUCUUUCCCCUUCUCGCUUGUUCGCUCGCUCUUCGAUUUCUCUCUCCCGUUAAAUCUUCGCCGGCUCAAAAUCCGUUCAGAAAUCUCACCGUUUCGCCAAUUCACUCCUACCUCAUACACAGAUCUAUACUAUUAUCCGAAUUGUUGGUCGACGAAAUCGUUUCAAACACACAUAGCCCUAAUUCAAAUCCAUACCCGUCGAUUACUUCUCGAUCGUUUAAGCUUAUGUAUUCCGGUGUUUCUCUUGUUCUAUAGCCGAUCUGGAGGUGUCAAAGUGCCUACUAUAUCCCAUGAUCAAUCGUUUCAACCACCUAGGGUUUCUGAUUAAAUAGAAAUUAGAAAAGGGGAUCACAAAAUUGGCUCCGGUAAUUCAUGGUUCUCGUCGCGCGGUACGAGCAACAAGAUUUGAUUAUAAAGAAAAGCGAUAUCUUGGAUUAUGAUGAUGGAAGAAGGCUAUUAUGUAUGGGCGGUGGGAAGGUGAGCUGUGGUUCCACCGGCGGCACAUGUGGCCGGUCCCAUCUUCCUCCAAGCCAUCUGUAGCUGCUCCUUCCAAUUCCUUCGUAUUGAUUGACACUAACUCUUUCUCCAAAGAUGGUCGAACGAUUCAUGUUGGUGACUGUGCUCUCUUCAAGCCAUCCCACAACUCCCUUCCUUUUGUUGGACUAAUCCGUAAGUUAAAAGUAGGAAAAGAAAACAACCUAACUUUAAGUGUGAACUGGCUUUAUCGACCUGCAGACAUAAAACUCAAAGAGGGUGCUUCAUUAGAAGCAGCACCAAACGAAAUCUUCUAUUCCUUUCACAAGGAUGAAAUACCUGCUGCAUCAUUACUCCAUCCGUGUAAAGUCGCAUUCCUUCCUAAAAAUCUUGAACUUCCUUCAGGGAUAUCCUCAUUUGUGUGCAGACGAGUGUAUGAUAUUGAGAGCAAGUGUUUAUGGUGGUUAACUGAUCAAGACUACAUUAACUCUUGUUUGACACAGGAAAGACAACAAGAAGUAGACAAGUUAUUAGAUAAGACACGUGUAGAAAUGUAUGGAGCACUACAAACACAAACUGGAGGGCGUUCUCCAAAACCCUUGAAUGGUUCACAGCUAAAACCUAGUUCAGAUAAUGUACAAAAUAGUUCAUCCUCCAUUUCAUCACAUGCUAAAAGUAAAAAGAGAGAUCACGGGGUCCACAAAUCCAAAGUAGACGAUGCAGAUUCUGGUCAACUUAGACCUGAACACAUAAUAAAAACCGAAAUUUCCAAAAUCACUGAUAAAGGAGGAUUGAUGGAUUUCCAAGGAGUUGAAAAACUAAUCCAACUCAUGAGACCCGAAAACACCGACAAAAAACUCGACUUAUCUUCCCGAACAAUGCUUGUUGAUGUCAUAUCAGUUACUGAAAGAUUUGAUUAUUUAACUCGGUUUGUUCAAUUAAGGGGUUUGUCAGUUUUGGAUGAAUGGCUUCAAGAAAUCCACAAGGGUAAAAUCGGCGAUGGGAAUGGGAGUCCAAAAGAAAACGAUAAAUCUGUUGAAGAUUUUCUUUUUUCUCUACUUCGUGCCCUUGAUAGGUUACCUGUGAAUCUUCAUGCUUUACAGACUUGUAAUGUUGGGAAAUCUGUGAAUCAUUUAAGAAGCCAUAAAAAUUCAGAGAUUCAGAAGAAAGCAAGAAGUCUAGUCAGCACAUGGAAGAGACGUGUGGAAGCUGAAAUGACAAUGAUUGAAACAAAAUCUAGUACAAGUCGAGGUGGCUCAUGGCCAAGUAAAUCAAUGAUGUCUGAUGUUUCUCAUUUAGGAAACAGACGUUCUACUUCCACCUCUCAACCUUCCCCUUUAAAAUCUCCACAACAACCGAAAGUUAAUAAUAAUAAUAAUAAUUCCGGUGAACCUGCCGCCAAAUCUCCCGCCGAUAAACUGGCGGCAACUGGCGGUGGCGGUGGUGGAGGUGGUGGUGGAUCCUCGGACAUGCCUUCAUCUGGAACUAAAGAAGGUAGGAGUUCAAGCACCACUCAUUCUCCAAACAACAGUCAAUCUUGCUCUAGUGAUCAUGGGAAGACUGGUAGUGUUUACAAUAGCAGGAACUCAAGCAAUGGUUUCCAUGGCUCCACAACUCCAGGAAAUGAAAAGGGUAAUCUUGGAAAAAUCCGGAAUUUUGGUAAUGAGAAAGGAGCUGGACAUGUGUCUGAUGUGUCCAUUGUAGAUAAUGGAAACAACCAAAGUGUUGUGGCACCUUCUGAGAAGCAAGAUCAAAAGACAAGUGGAAAAACUGUAAACGAUUCUUUACAGAGCAAUGUGGAAAAAAUGGAUACAGAUGGGAAAGAUGGAAUGGAGGGCUGUGAUGAUGCCAAGUCAGCAACUGUGACUGUUGUGUUACCUGAUGAACAUGGUGGUUCUUCAUCUGGGGUCACUCCAAAACCAGGGAAAUUAUAUGAACCUUCUUAUAGCUCUAUAAACGCGUUAGUAGAAAGCUGUGCUAAGUUUUCUGAAGCUAGUGUCUCAGUGUCACCUUCAAUGGGUGAUGAUGGUGGAAUGAAUCUUCUUGCCAGCGUGGCAGCUGGUGAAAUCUCAAGAUCUGACGUGGCAUGUUCCCCUCCUUUACCUGAAGAUUCUUGUUCUGCAAAUGUUGCUAAGCUGAGGCGAAUAGUUCAAGACGAAGAUAACGGGCCCCACGUGUCUGGAGAUAGUAAGGACGCGACAUUUGGGAAAGGCGAGGUACGGGUGGGGUCGGAAUCGGAAUCGUUGAUUCCGGUUGCUGUGAAGCCUGAAGUGAAGACUGGAAUGGUGGAAGUAGAAGAGAAGAGUGGUGAUGAUAAAACGAUGGAGAAGAAUGUGAUUCUUCCGGAAAGUUGUAAAGUUGAAACACAAGUUAAUGAAGAAUCGGCUUCUUGGUCUUCUUCAGAUAUGCAUGAUGAAGAGAAGAAGAAACUGGUCAAUAAUCGGUCAAGAAAUUUACAGGAAUCUCAAGCUACUACCACUUCUUGUGGUGAUGCUGAUUUAGCAAUAAAGUUUGAAGAGCGUGAUGAUGACAAGAAGGCCGGAAUCCACAAUGAAAUGGAUUCUGGGACGUCUGUUUCCCAUGAAAACGUUGGAAAACACGAAGCCGACGAUCCUGAUUCCACCGUUAACAUUUCCGCCACAACGCCCGUGGCGGAAACGGAAACGGAAACGGUGGUAAAGUUGGAUUUUGAUCUGAACGAAGUUGUUCCUAGCGAUGACGGGAACCAAGGAGAGGUUGAUGGGAAUCAGAAUCAGAAUCACACAUUACCUUCUUCCAAUUCACCUGUUGAUGGGAAUCGGUCUCCGUUUAUUACGGUAGCUGCCCCUGCAAAAGGACCAUUCUACCCUUCCGAAAAUCUUUCAAGAACUAAACCGGAGCUCGGCUGGAAAGGCUCAGCCGCCACCAGUGCAUUUCGUCCCGCUAAACCGGUCCGCCCUCUUUUCGACUUCGACCUCAACAUCGGAGUCGACGAUUCCGGCCAAAACAAUGCCCAUGAAAACAGCGGAGGCGGACUCGAUCUCGAUCUAAAUGCAUGUCAAGAGCCACCGGAAACCGUCCAAUUGCCGCCAAGGGUAUUUCCGUCAAAUUCAAAUUCUUCACGUGGGUUUGACCUCAACGGACCUGGCGUGGAGGAGGCUAUCAAUAUCAACCCCAGUGGUGGUGAAACGGUGCAAUUUCAGAAAAAGGGUAUGCAGUUUCUUCCAGCUGUUCCGAACAUGAGAGUGAAUAAUAACAUGGACAUAGGGGUAAAUAUGUCAUCUUGGUUUCCACCAAACAACACCUACCCCACCACCAUCACAAUUCCAUCAAUCCAGGAACAGAGUUAUGUUCCUUCACAAAGAAUGUUGUCCCCUGUCUUGUCAUCAACUCCUGCAGUUGUCCCUUUCCAAUAUUCACCUUUCCCAUUUGAAACCAAUUUCCCUUUACCAAAUUCGUUUCCACCCGUUUCAACCGCUUACAUGGACUCAUCGCCAGCUGGCGGGCCCACCUCCGCCCCCGGCCCCGGCCCCGGCCCCAUUUGUUUCCCGACACAAACACAGCUGGUUCCAAUGCCGUAUCGCCCAUCCUACUUCAUGAGUCUACCUGGCGGUUCAAGUAAUCCCGGAAAGUGGGGCGGCGGUGGUGGUGGUGGCGGCGGCGGUCUGGAUCUCAACUCCGGUCCCGGUGGCGGCACUGGCGGCGUAUCGAAGCGGAAAGAGCCGGAUGGUGGUUGGGAUGGAGAUAGGAUAAGCUAUAAACACCCGUCAUGGCAGUAGUAAAACAGAGUCUUUCAAUGCCUUUGGUGAUGAUGUGGUGUUGGAGGUUGGAAACAAAGUGCCCCCUGGUGGUUUGAUUAUGAUGAGAUGUUAUUUUGUUGUGGGGUUGUAAUGAAUGAAUGAAUGAAUGAAUGGAUGGAUGAAUGAAUGAAUGAAUGAAUAUGCAUGCAUAGGGUUGAAUGAAAUAGUUUGAACAGAGGUUGUUGAUGUUUUUUUAACUUGUUGCAACUUGCAAUCCAUAGCCAUUUCAUUUUCA